UCUAAUCCCAUUGCAGACCCAGGUUAGGGGAGAAACAAGUAAUGGAAAUGGUUCAAAGGAAAAUAGAGGAAGAUGGUGACAUUCACUGCAGAGAGGAUCUAAGGAUAUAGAAGUGAUGUGGGAGUAAAACCCAGAAGAUGGCAGUAGUGCAACAUCGUUGGAUGCAGGCUGCCUUUAAAAAUGGAAGAAGAAGAAGAAGGAAUUCUAUUGUGGACCGCUUAUCGGAGGAGCAUCUGUGGUAACUACAGGCACAAGCAGAAAUACCCUCUCCUCAUGCAGCACUGGAAAAUACAAUAACAACGCACCUAUUCUGCCUCCACAUUCCUACAAUGAACUGUGGAAAAUAAAAAAAUUGUUUUUCUGGUGGAGACAGCUGACAGAGAGAAUAAUGGCCGGCGGUUCUGAGAGUAAACAAGAAGAAGGAGCACUUGGCAACCUAAUUGUUCAUUUCCAGAGCUACUUGCAUGGAGGAACCUCCAGCUUGCUGUCUACCCUUCCCACCCUUAUCGUCUUUCCUGUCUAUAAGACUGUUUUUCGUCAACAAAUCCACAACACCUCAGUUCACAAGGCACUGGCACAGCUCUAUAGAGAGGGCCCUGUGAAGCUCUAUAGGGGUGUGGCUCCACCGUUAGUGAUGAGGACGCUGAACGGCACACUGCUCUUUGGCCUCCAGGAUACCCUCCUCCGACAGCUCCCUCUGUCAUCCCAGAAUGUCAUCUCUGCCAAGGCCCUUCCUGCUCUGGCAGGGUUUGGGGCAGGUGUUGUAGAAGCCGUGGUUUUUACGCCCUUUGAGCGCGUUCAGAAUGUGCUGCAGAACAGCCAGAAUGACAGUCGUCUACCCUCGUUCAAGAGCGUCCUUCUAAGGCUAAAGGCAGAGGGGAUAGCUUUAGGCUACUACAGAGCCUUCCUGCCCAUUGCAGCCCGCAACGCCUUCGGCAGCUCCCUCUACUUUGGACUGAAGGGGCCUGUGUGUGUUGCUGUGGCGGAGCAUGGGGUCUCACCAAUGGCCUCCUCUUUCAUCUCAGGAACAGUGAUAUCAGUGGCAGUCAGCUUGACUCUGUACCCACUCUCUGUGCUUGUGGCAAACAUGCAGUCACAAGUAGGUGGGGACGUUAAAGGGGUCAUAGCAUGCUGGGCUCUGCUCUGGAAAUCUCGUAAUCGGAGUUUGGCGUUACUGUAUCGAGGAGGUUCCAUGGUUAUCCUGAGGUCGUGCAUCACUUGGGGACUCACCACUGCCAUUUAUGACAGGCAGGAGAAACGAUCAGGCUGAAGAUACGUGCUCCAGACAUUUUUAUCCACAAAAGUGUAUUCAAUUUUGAUAUUGUUCACAGGAGACAUUUUGACUUAUAACUGCAAGAAAAAAAUGUAUUGAUAAGCCUUUAUAGUGUGGGAGUGAACUACCACAAGCCAUUCCGGUACUCUGAAACCAUAACUUUAACAAUUAUUCGAUAUAUUACUUCCACCUGCGCUUCUCUGAUGUUUACUGCAGUGAGUGAAGAAAAUGCAGUCAUACUAACAAGCUAAUUUUCUGUGUCAAAAUGUGCUACCAAGCUGACAGCACCACUGCUAAGACUUCUGGUCUCAGAGAUGGGUUUGAAUAGUUCUCCUUUGAUGAAGUUGUCAGUCACAUAUGCUUUGAAUUUUUAUUGUUUUGUAAGGAAAGAAAUUUUGCUUAAGACUCAGAAAACAAGAAAUGCUGUAAGCCAGCCAGGCUUAAAGAACAGAUGCCAUAAUAUAGUCAGAAACACAGAUUAGUUUUCUACUACCUGAGAAUUAGGAUUAUCUCAAUACUCAUCACGUUGGUUGCUUUGUGCACUGCCGGUAAUGUCAUCACACAGCCACAAUGUAGUUCUGUAGGGGCAGUCUUAGAUUUUUGGGGCCUAAAGCAGAAUUGGAUUUGGGGCCCAUCAACCACCCACUUCAGCGCAGCCACAAUUAUCCAUGAAUUGUCCAUGUUUGAUCAUUUGUCAUAUACAUAUAUAUAAUCAUGCCUUUCUAGUGUAGUGGAAAGAAAUAAACCAAGUUAACUUUUGUAAAUUCAAAACAGCUGACUGUUCAUACUGCUUUUAAAAUGUGCAGAAUGGCAGAAAAGUAUAUUAAUUCAUAAACAUACCUUUAUCCCAAUU